AGGGGGGGUGUAUAUAGAACCACCCCCCACCGAGGCGCUCUCUGUGAUCAAGGGUUUCUUCGCUUCCAGGAAGGGGAGAAGCUAAUAGGACUAUCCCUUUGAGGAGGAGUUCAACAAAGAAGAACUAUGAGCAAGCUGCAGAGCGACGUGUUGAGGGAGGCUAUCUCUCAGAUUGUUAAUGAUGCUAGGGAGAAAAAGCGCAACUUCACUGAGACCAUUGAGCUGCAGAUUGGGCUAAAAAAUUAUGAUCCGCAAAAGGAUAAGCGGUUUAGCGGUUCUGUGAAGUUGCCACAUAUUCCACGUCCAAAGAUGAAGGUCUGCAUGCUUGGUGAUGCUCAGCAUGUGGAAGAGGCUGAGAAAAUUGGACUGGACUAUAUGGAUGUUGAAGGGCUAAAGAAGAUGAACAAGAAUAAGAAGUUGGUCAAAAAGCUUGCAAAAAAAUAUCAUGCAUUUUUGGCAUCUGAAGCUAUUAUUAAGCAGAUUCCUCGACUUUUAGGCCCUGGUCUUAACAAGGCAGGUAAAUUUCCUACAUUGGUCACACAUCAGGAAUCUUUAGAGGCCAAAGUCAAUGAGACCAAAGCAAUGGUGAAGUUUCAACUUAAGAAAGUUCUUUGCAUGGGAGUUGCUGUUGGGAAUUGCGCAAUGGAGGAGAAGCAGAUUUUUCAAAAUGUGCAACUUAGCGUCAACUUCCUGGUGUCUUUGUUGAAGAAGAAUUGGCAAAAUGUGAGAUGCUUGUACCUGAAGAGCAGCAUGGGCAAACCUUAUCGCGUGUUCUAAGAAAACACAUGCAAAAUCUGGUGCUUGCUUAACAAUACUUGGGUCGAACUGCCCGAGCUUUUUCUUUUUAUUAUGAAGCCUUCUCUUCUCUGUGUCUCUGCUUAGUUUUGCAGUUUGAACUUUCUUUGAAGUGUUUAAGUCGUCUAUCAAGAUGAGAGUUGUUGGAUAAACGUUUCUUAUUAUCUGGAAGUUUUGUUUUUGACCAUAUAUGCGAGAACCUUUGUCGAUGGGUAUGAUUCAAAUUCAGAUAUUGUUGUACCAGUUUGGUUUGCUGCCAUCUUUAAAUGAUAAGCUAAGCUAG